UUUCUUGACUGAAUAAAAAUACAACUUGUGUUAGUUACUAACGACUCCAGUUUGCAGUGGUUAGUAACCUAGCCUAUAACAUUGAGUUCCGUUUUUGUUCCAUAUUCAAAGAAGCUGAAACCAGCGGUAUACUCAUUACGGAAACCGUUUAAGAACCAAACUGAGCAAAACUCGGAACUUCUAUUGGACAAAAUCAUUUAGCUCCGUCCCCGCUUCGUUCCUUAGGUUCCGUUUAAGAAACGUUUUGCAACCGAAUCGGCGGAAUGAAUAUACCCCUGAAAUAAUAGAGCUGAAAACUUAUCUAAAUCUGGCGUAAUACUAAAUGCAGGGCACCAAUCUCAUCUGGUAUAAUACUAAAUACAGGACAACAUGUGCGUAACACUGAGUAAAUAAUGGCCAUAUCGGUAGCAUUAACUGUUCUGAAAUCCAUGUAAGUGGUUAAAGUUUAGUAGUGUAGCCAAAUAAAUCUGUCAGAUAUAAGCUUUCGAGAACCCAUGGGGGCAUACAGCCAGCCCUAUACAAGGCGCUAGCCAGAAUAGGUUCGACCUGUGUAUUCAGCAGUAAGUACAGCUGGAGAACCCCACAGGUCGGAACGCACUGACUCUAUCAAAUCGAAGAUUAUUAAAAUACUAGCUACUAGUUUUUAAUAAAACAUAUUUUUGUCCUCAUACUAUGUAGCAGAAGCCACAGCAGCCAUUUUCAUGUUGGUGACGGCACGUAGAACAUCGCUUUGAACCACAAUGUAUAGUCCAAGGGGGCGUGUUACUCUUAUCAAUCCAUAUAUAGAAUAUGAUCGUUCAAAUUGAAUAAUAUGAGUAUGUUUAAAUAUCAAAAUGUUAAGACGCACUCGUAAAAGUAUUUGACUAUUUAAAAUGUUUACUUUUUAAAAAUGUAAUACCAUGUAAAAUUGAUUUUAAUCACGUUUUCCCAAAUGUUCUAAUUUACCUUGUAUGUUGAAAUAUUGGUGCACUUAGGAAAACUGAGUGAUUUCUAAAAUGGUUCAAGUGGAAUCUAAUAUUACAGUGCAGGACAGAGACCCAGUUCAUCCACAGUAGUAAAUGAAUGUGGGCAUUUGAGGUGAAAUCUCUCACAGGUGCCCCAGAGCAGACAGGACAACGGGUAAAGGAGAGUGCUGUGAGUCAAGGACUGGGACCUUUUGUGGUUUAUUUGGCCUUUUUCCUCAAGUCCACCAGGCUGAUUGAAUUUGCCAUGCCGCUCUACCUGGCGAACGAUGACUUCUGCUACAGGACCCCAAAAUCACUGAAACCACUACGACCCUGUCUGAACCCUUGCCUGAGGUUCAAAUCGUCUGCUCCUCCUAAGCAGAUUAAAUCAGAGGGCGCUAUUCAUGAGGAGAAUGGGAAACCCAAAAGGCGAGUGUCCUUUGCUGACCACAAUGGCCUGGCCCUCACCAAGGUGAAGGUUUAUUCCCUGUUCGACAAUAACAUUGACAUUCCACUCAACAUCACAGAUCUGUUCAGCUCUGCGCUCAAAUUAACAGAUGAGGACAGACUGGUGCUGGAUUUCACCCAGCCCUCUUCUGACUACCUGCUCUUCCGCCAGCGUUUGGAGACCGAGCUUGUCUGCUUGGAAAACUGCAUGUUGAAAAAGAGGGCACUGGCUGGAACUGUGAAGGUAAAAAACCUGUCCUUCGAGAAGUCUCUAAAGGUGCGUUUGACCUUUGACACCUGGAAAAGCUACACCGACUUGGAGUGCCAUUAUGUCAAGGACACAUACACGGGCUCGGACCGUGAUACCUUCUCCUUCGAGGUUUCCCUUCCAGCUGCACUGAUACCACACGAGAAGGUAGAGUUUGCCAUCUGCUAUGAAGUCAAUGGCCAGACAUACUGGGACAGCAACCAGGGCCAGAACUACAGGAUUAUCCGGUCUGCUCUGAAGAGUGAUGGCCAGGGUAGCUUCAGCAGUACCCAGCAGAUGCACUCUUUUGAUUUGGGAAUUCACUUCGAUCACUACGGUAGUCCCAGGUGCUCCCAUGGGAUCUGCCCAGAGUGGCCAAGAUAUUCAGGAUAUGAGGAGAUUCAACCUUACUACUGAAAAAAAAAGUGAUUCUUAAAGGAAUACUUCAGGAUUUUGGCAAGAAGAGUCGUAUUAACUCGUAGAUACCAUUUGUCUCUGCGUGCAGUUUGAAGGAAGUUGCUAGCUAGCGCAAUUGCUAACUAGUGUUAGCCCAAUGACUGGAAGUCUUAUGCGUAUCUGCUAGCAGAUACCCAUAGACUUUGUCACU